AUGGCAGGUGGUGGAACAGGCUUUAUUGGAAGCCAUUUAGGGGAACUGCUGAUCAAAGGCUAUGCUGUUCUCAAUGGCCGGAAGCCAGCAACCAACAAUAUCUCAUGGUCAGUCUUAGAGCAAUCGGGAUUACCCAAAGCUUGUGCAGUUGUCAACUGUGCUGGACAACAAUUUAUGGAUUUCACAAAAUCCUGGACACCUGGAUUUAAACAAAAUGUCAAGAACUCCAGAGUUUACACAACUAAAGCAUUAGCUAAAGCAAUUAACGAGAGCAAAGACAAGCCAAAGGUUUAUGUUGUCCUCACUGGCGUUGGUGCUUAUGAACCUUCAACGUCAAACAUUUAUGAUGAGUGCAGUCCCACCACAGGCCACGAUUUCUUUUCUCGACUUACAGUUGAGUGGGAGAAGGCUGCUCAAGUGGAUGAACCUGUUAGGCUUGUAAUAGUUCGUUGUGGCGCUGUCCUAGGCCGUAUGGGUGGUAUGAAAAACAUGUUUCUUCCUUUUUACCUCGGGCUCGGCGGCCGCAUUGGCAGUGGCACGCAGUACUUACCAUGGAUCCACAUAGACGACCUCGCUCGACUGAUACUGUUUUCAAUCGAAAAUGAAAAUGUUAAAGGUGUACUAAACGGUGUGGCGCCGCAAGUUAUAACCAACGAUGAUUUCACUAAAUCGUUUGCUAGAGCUUUGCGGCGACCCGCUUUCCCAGUACCGGAAGUUAUUCUAAACAUGGUGUUGCAUGAGGAGCGCGCUAUGAUAAUGACAAAAGGCCAACACGUCGUGCCGAAGCGAGUCUUAGAAUAUGGCUUUGAAUAUAAAUACGCAGAUAUCGACGAAGCUUGUAAAGAAUUCGCGCACCUCUGUCCUCCUAAGAAACAACCGCUUAAAUAGAUACGUAAGUAAGUAGUCGCAAAUUGUAAUCGAAUGAUGUUAUUUAAAUACGAUGCAUUUUAAAGCAAUCUCUGCUUAUGUUGUUUCUGUAACUGUAAUUAAAUACUAGUGAUUGUUAAAGUCUUAUUAAAUAAUAAUAGUAUUUAUCUAAAGUUUUAAAUUAUUCUACUUGCCUACAUACAAGUAACUGUAUCAUUUUAUGAUGGUUCCAAUGAGUAGCUGUAGUAACUUUAAAUAUUUUUGAGCUGAAGGCUGGAACAACUAUAAUAAAAAUACAUCGAAGAAAUUUUAUGUAGCCGAUCUAUGCUUAUGGUAGGUAUAAGUUUGUAUGGAAUUUGGGAAGUGGGGUUCCAAUUAAGAUAUUAAAAUAAGCUGUUAGUUCUUUACGAUUAUUUAUUACA